AUGGCGCGCCACCAUCACUUUCACCUGGACGGCUCCCCCGCCACCGCGGCCACGUCAUCGUCGCGGAGGCGUUCCUCAGGUCACGUCCACCACACGCGCAGCACCGCCACCGACGCGAGGGGGCGCUGGGUGGAGAGAAGCCCCAGCGAGACCACCCGAGGCGGGGAUGACACCAGCGUCUACGACAUGGAUCGCAGGAUUACUCAGCACUACGUGGAGAUUAUGUCCAAAGUCGACCCGGAGUGGCACGACUAUUUGCACCGCACGGAGUCCCAUAGCGCCAGCCAGUCGGUCGGUGACGUUGCGGGCACCAAUAAGUUCUCGGCGUUCGACGGCAGGUUCGAGCUCGAGAUCUGUGGCCGCCGGCUCAAGGCGAGCGCCGUGCACGUGGCGGCGCUGCACGCCAGCGGCGGUGGCCAGGGCGCCAGCCGCCUCAUGCAGCUGCUGGUCGAGAGCGGGGCGGACCUCUGCCAGCCGUGCGAGUGGGUCGACCUUGCGAACGUGGACGAGCGCGAGGACGUGCUUCGUUCUGACCUCGUGUGCUUCUCCCGGCCCGUGCACCUGGCCGCCGCGGUGGGCGGCUGCGACGCGCUGGAUGCGCUGCAGAGGGCGGGCGCGCCCAUCACCUGCACCUGCAGGCCCGCGGCCGGAGGCGACAGGGGGUCCCCGGUAGCGCCGUGCGGGGCCUGCGACUCGGAGGGCGGCUCGCCGCUGCACGAGGCGGUGCAGUUCCAGCGGGCGGAGGCGGUGGAGCUGCUGCUGAGGCUCCGGGCAGACCCCGCGGCGGCGAACUGCCGCGGCUCCACGCCGCUGCACCUCGCCGCGCAGCAGGGCAGCGUGCAGAUCGCGCAGCUCCUCCUCGGCCUGCGCGGCGACCUGCCGCGCGUCGACGAGCCUACGCGCAGCAGGAGGCUGAGGAAGUGCAGAUUCUGCGAGGCGGGCCUCCAUCACGACCAGGACGCCAACGGGAACAAGGUCCACGAGACAGCCCUAAUGCUGGCGCUGUCGUCUGGCCAGUUCCCCUACGACAAGUUGUUCCUUCUCGCGGAGCGGCGGCUUACCGACAUCUUGCAGGUUGCCCGCACAUGCCCGGCGGCGGCCUCCUACCUGAUGCGCGACCCGCGGCACGGCUGGCGCGGCGGCGGCGUCCACGCGUCCUGGCGGCGCGGGGUGCUGGAGCAGCUGCACCGCAUGCGGCGCGGCAACCAGCACCUCGAGGGGGCCUGGAUCGAGCUCCUGGAGAAGGCCCCGCCCGCUGCGGAGGACCUCCUGGAGGCGGUCACGGUGAUGCCCCGGGAGGAGUGUAUCUUUACCUAA